CGCCGGGGAAUCUCCGCCAUGGCCCAAGGAGCGGCGGAGCGGCCUCCGGAGGAGACCCUGACCCGCUGGGAACGGGAGCAGGCCCGACUGAAGGCCGGCGUCGUUGACUGGGACACCGAGGCCUGGCAGGGCGAACCGGGCUUCUCCGGCCUGCGGCGGGUCGGAGGGGUGGACCUGUCCUUCGUCAAGGGCGAUGGCGUCAGCGCCUGCGCCUCCCUGGUGGUCCUCGGCUACCCGGAACUGGAGGUGGUGUACGAGGAGUGCCGGAUGGUCCGCCUGACCGCGCCCUACGUGUCCGGCUUCCUGGCCUUCCGAGAGGCCCCCUUCCUGGCGGAUGCCGUGCGGAGGCUGCGGGAGGAGGAGCCGAGCCUCGUGCCUCAGGUCCUCUUCGUCGAUGGGAACGGGUUGCUACAUCACCGAGGAUUUGGGGUGGCCUGCCAUCUCGGCGUCCUCACGGGCCUUCCCUGCGUGGGGGUGGCCAAGAAACUCCUGCAGGUGGACGGGCUGGAAAAUGACGAGCUGCACAAGGAGAAGAUCCGAGAGCUGCGGACGGGAGGAGACGCGUUCCCUCUGCUGGGAGACUCCGGGACCGUCCUGGGCAUGGCCCUGAAGAGCCACGAGCGGAGCACCAACCCCGUCUACGUCUCCGUGGGCCACAAGAUCAGCCUGGACACGGCCGUGCGCCUGACGCAGGCCUGCUGCCGCCACCGCGUCCCGGAGCCAAUCCGCCAGGCGGACAUCCGCUCCCGAGAAUACAUCCGCAAGACCCUCGGAGCACCCGGCCCGCGGCCCGGCGGGGGCGACAGGAGUCGAGGGGAGGAGGAGACUGGAGAUCGGCCCGGCCCCGUCCCCCAAGAACGGCCCUGACGAGCCCCGGGAAGGGGACGGACCCACCCCCAGCCCAAUCCUCGGGACUCGCAGAGAGAGAGCCGGGUGAUUAGGCAAAGGGCUCCGCUCUCGGCCCGGCCCCCGCCCGGCCCAUCCCGGACGCCGGGACGCCGGGGGGGGCUCCCUCUUCUCGAGCGGGGCGGGGUGAAGUAGGAUGGCAGGAACCCCGGUCGCCCCGAGGAAGUCCGAUGGCAACGCCGACGACCCCCGUGGAGACGGUGGCGGGGCAGACCCGGAGCGCCGACCGCAGCCGGUGCCGCCCACCGCUCCCAGAAGCUUCCGCCAACAGGCCGGGCGCACGGCCCCCGCGCCGGGGUCGGCGUCAACUCACGGCCACGGCCCCGGGCCCGGGAGAGGCCCCGGCCGCCGCUCGCCACCCACCCUCAGGCGGCCCGCGGAUGAACUCGAGGCUCACGCCGGCUCUGGCCCGGAAGUCCCGGCCGAAACCGGGGCGCCCGGUUCCGAGUCCUUUGGCUGUCUCUCUUGACCGGCAAACGGCAAGAAAAGCGCUUCGGGCCUUUCCCGAAACCUCGGUCGGCCUGUUUCUCACUCCCUGAUCCCGGGCCGGUCCCUGCCCCCUGGCCUGCCCGCCGCCCGGCCCCGCGGCCGUCUCCCCGCCCGGCUUCUCGCUCCGCCCGGCCUGGCCGUCCCCGGAGCUCGCCGGCUCAGACGGCCUGGCGGAGGGGGCCGUGCCGGGGGGCCGUGGGCGGGUGGGGAACGGUACCGGCCGGCAAUCUGCUUGGCGGAGAGAUGCCAGUGGUGGUGGGGGCGGGGAGGGAGGCCUGGGCUCUGGGUGCCAGCGGAGAGGGCAGAGAGCUCCGGGUGCCAGCCUUACUGUGUCACAACUCGCCGAGGGGGGGGGGGGGGGGCGCCGGCCCCGGGCGGAGCGCCCGCUUCCCCGGGGGUCCAGCGCCCAGGCUGGAAGUCGGGGAUCCCCCUGAGGAGAGAGGGUGGGGAGGCCAGAGAAGUGACCCUACCAGCAACCCCCUCCUGCUUUGUACCCACCGCCCUUUCCUCAGUCAUUCGGUCGGUCAAGCGUACUCAUUGAGCGCUGACUGUGCGCUGGACACUCUUCUGAGCACCUGGCAGAGGACAAUAGAACAAUAAACAGGCGCAUCCCCUGCCCACAAACAAGCUGACGGUCACGUCCCCCUCCUCCCGCUCCUCCCUACGGAGACCCCGUCAGGUCGUCAGGCUGAGCCGAGGGGGUGGGUUCGCUCCCUCCCGCCCCCUCCUAUCCCGUCCUCCCCACCCGGGGCGGGGAGGAGGAAGGCCCGGCCGAUUUUCCCGGAGGCGCAUCUUCCUGGAAAAUAUCCCUCCCUCCCCUUCCGGGAAUGGAAGGAGAAAGUG